GGGGAGAGAAGGACACCCGUUUGAGUUGAGAGAGAGAGAGAGAAGACAAAAAGGACAUCCAACAAAAAAGGGUAACAACUCCUCAAAAUAUCUGUGAAAAAUUCUCAACCUCUAGCAUCUGGAGCCAUCUCCACCGUCCACGUACCCACUAAACCCCCAAACCGCCCUUCUCCAUCUCGAUCCCUAUAAUUUUCAUCACUAUCUUCUCCAGCUUUCUAUCAAAACCUCCAAUCCAAUCGAACCCAAUCCAAUCCACCUGAAACUUUCUCCGAAACCCUAAAAGAUGUUGAGGCUGGUAUCGAAGAGGCUCCUCCAGGGCUCCCGCGAGGCCCAGUCGCCGGCGGUGAUGGCCGCGCCGCGUCGUUUCUACCACGAGAGGGUGGUGGACCACUACGACAACCCCCGCAACGUCGGCUCCUUCGACAAAAACGACCCCUCCGUUGGUACCGGACUCGUCGGCGCUCCCGCCUGCGGUGACGUCAUGAAGCUCCAGAUUAAGGUCGACGAGCAGGGCAAGAUUACUGACGCCGUCUUCAAGACCUUUGGCUGUGGAUCCGCCAUCGCCUCAUCUUCAGUCGCUACGGAAUGGGUGAAGGGGAGGCAAAUGGAGGAGGUCCUGACAAUUAAGAACACGGAAAUCGCCAAACAUCUCUCUCUUCCUCCAGUCAAGCUACACUGCAGCAUGCUUGCCGAGGAUGCCAUCAAGGCAGCUGUUAAAGACUACCAAACAAAGCUGGCUAAAUCAUCAAAUGGCAGCUCAGAGGCCUCACCUGUGGACAAGGCUGCUAGUGCUUGAUUACUCGUUUUGAGAUGAUGAUGAACAAUAUCUGCUGUCCAGUUUUCAACCUGCCAAGCUUGGUAGUAGCUACAAUAAUGGUUCCACUGGAUUAAACUAGCACCAAGUUGUUGUAUGUUGUUAAGUGUUAACUACCAACAAAAAAUUAUGUUAUUUUCUUCGUGUGUGGUGUUGACACUUUUUUGAACACACAACUUUCAAGUCAAUGUAAAUUAGAUAUGGUUUCGUCCAGUCAAUAAUAGUAGAUAGAUGAAGAAGGCUUCGGUUUUUCUUUGCUAGUUUUUACCCCCUUUUCAACUUGAUCAUGUUGUAUACAUUGAUUCCGGGACCAGUAAUAUACUCGAGACUUCGAGAGACAUCAAUGAAAUUAAAGGUGCUGCCAUAUAUAGUUGAAUCAAC